AUGGCAAGCCUGUCGCAACCUGGCCAUGGGCCAGUUCAGACGAGUGCAGUUGUUGUGCUUGGUGCCUCCUCAUGCCUUGCAAUACCUCCUCCCUCCCCUCCUACACCAUCCUCAUCACCACCAGGGGACACCUUCUGUGAACCCAUUGACCCACUGAGUUUGGAACGAGAACUAAGAGGUGACUCUCCAAUCAAGGACCAGCGUCUGCGAGAAGGGGUCCAUGUGCUCAAUACAGAGGCAUUGGCCUUGAGAAAUCUUUCGCGGCUUUAUGAAACAGAUUCUGUAGCCCGGGACGGUUUCAACUUGUCAGUCCAGGCUAUUACCAAGCAGCAACGGGCGAAUGGCAAACUCGUUGUUAUUGGCGUAGGCAAAUCAGGACACAUUGGACAGAAACUCGUGGCUACAUUCAAAAGUCUCGCCAUUCACGCCGUCUUUCUUCAUCCAACUGAAGCCUUGCACGGGGACCUCGGUAUCAUAGGGCCUAACGAUACUCUGUUGUUCAUCACGUAUUCGGGCAAGACUCAGGAGCUGCUCAUCAUGCUGCCUCAUAUCGAUGAGUCACUCCCGACUAUACUUCUCACGUCGCACACUUCCCCGGAAACAUGCGAGUUCAUCAAUCACCGGCCCAACACCAUCUUGCUCCCGGCCCCAAUUCCAGAACCUGAGAAGAUUUCAUUUGGCGUUUCUGCUCCCACCACAUCAACGACAGUGGCGCUGGCUCUUGGUGAUGCAAUAGCAGUUACGGCAGCCAAGGAGAUCAAUGCCAGCAUUGCGGCUGUCUUUGCGAAGAAUCACCCUGGUGGUGCUAUCGGUGCUGCAGCUCGACAACCUCGGACCAUCAAGGAUAUAGCAGUCAGAUGGCACGAUAUACCGAUAGCACGAGAGUCAGAGGGGGUGAGCCUGGGGUUUGACUUGCUACGUGCUGGCCUCGAUUCGGUCACUGGUUGGGUCAGAGUGCAAGAUGGAGUUGCCUCUCCGGGUACAAUAAGAAAGAUUAGUAGAGACGACCUGAACAAGAGUUUGGAGGAGAUUCCAGAUGCCUCAAUACCCAAGGCUUUGAUGCUUUCGCUAUCCUCAGAGACUACUAUCCGUCAGGCACGGGACAUCUUGAAGAACAUGCAACUGUCACCGAAUGACGAAAAUCUGGAAUGUGAGCGAGAAUCUGCCAUUGCAGUGAUGGAAAGGGGAGAGAUAGUGGGCGUCCUGGAAGUUGGUAGUCUCUUGGAUUUUGAAGUAUGA